CAUUAUUUGUCAUGCAGGUGGAAGUUUACACACAGGCAGGAUGAGCCGAAAAAGAAGAAAAAACAAGAACAGAAAAGGUUCAGACAGUGAUGAUUAUGAACAGUUUUCCUUUGUUUGCCGUUGCCAAAGAAAAUCAUCUGAUCAGAAAACAGAUAUGGUUCCUAAAGAUGGCAAAUUGGACCAAUUAAAUGAUUAUUCGUUUUCAUGUACUUCACCUAAUAACAUACAUCCACAGAUCUACGAAGGGAACAAUCAGGAUGUUCAGCACAAUUCAGAAUAUUCUAAAACAGCAUCAAGUCCUUCAGAAAAACCUUUAGAUAAAUCAGAGAACUUUGUUAAAGUGAUAUUGGAAGAUAACUCUACGGUACUACAAAGUGAGAGAAAUGAAUUUCACUGUGAUCCUGAGGAACAAGCAGACACCGAAGGUGGAGAAUUUACAGCACAAGUGACUUCAAAUGGUGUUCACUUGAAUGUGGAAAUAAACAAAAUACUAGCGCCAAAUAGCAGGACUCACGUGGUUAUAACCAAUGGAAAAUGUCUUAAGAAAAGCCGAAGUUAUCACGAUAGGCAACACCAACAGAGCCAACACCAUGCUGAUCACAUAUGGGAUUUUGUAUCUGAUUAUGAAAAAGAUGCCAAUGAUUCAUUACCGACAGAACACACAUGUGAUAAGCCUUUAAUAAAAUUAGAAAUAAUUGGGGAAGGUAUUGAAGUCAGCUAUAAAGCUGUUCGCCAGAGUCUAAUGGUUCACAUAGAAUCUGAUAAAGUAAAAAAGAAAACAGAAGAUGUAUUUGGAAGUGGCUUUACCCAAACCACAGAUUACAGGUCAACCAUAGGAUCAUGUAGUUCAUACCCUGUUUCAGAUUUUAGUGUCAAUGAAAGGAAAGGAUUUUGCACAAAUUAUAGAUGCCCAGAAUGGUGUGUUCAUGUUCCACCUCCUGCAGAGUUUGCUGAUGAAGAGGAAGUAUUCCCAAAUACGAAUACAGAAGAUGAUGCCUUACUUCUCAAAAAUGUUAUAAAAGAACCAUAUUCUCCAGUAUCGUCAUCUUGUUCUGAGUUGGAAACUGAGCCAAGGCAGUUAAAGGACAAGGUUUGUGGAGGAGAAAGUAUAGCUAAGCCAGGUGAAGAUCACCCUUUGCAAUACUUGGGGAAUUGGAAGAAAUACUCUAAGGAACCAGUUGGGCCAAAUAAAACAAAUUUCAGUCGUGUUCCAUUUGUCUCCAACAAAGAGCUAAAGUUGAAUCCAUCCAACUUCUGCCAAUGGAGAAUGAGCAAUUACCAUCUAGAAACCAAAGUAAUGAGACGGAGAACACUUCCAGAAAUGUACUAUGAUCCAUUUGUAAAUUUCAGUCACCUAAGAUACCCUUUUUAUGACACAGAAAAACAUUCAGCUUUGAGAAUGCCACAAUCAGUAGAGCAUGAACGUCUACAACAUAUUAGUAAAGAAGAGCUUGUGAAGUCUGCCAUGCCUUUACUAUUUAAAGACUGUGUUGAUGGUCAUGAAGAUCAGAUCCCCUUUGAAAAUAAGACCAUCUAUUUUGUGCAAGGAGAUGUUAACAGUAGCCAAUCCGAUAUUCCAGAUAAAACCGAGAACUCAGAAAGAUGUUCCUUGUAUUCUUUUCAGCAUGUAGACGUUGACAACAAACAGGUGGAUGAGGAAGAUCUAGAGGAUCUAAUAAAAAACGCUAAUGAACACUUAGAGCUUACAGAGAGUGGAUUUGAUGAAGAUAUGUUAGAUAGUGACAAUCUUAUGGAGGUUCAUGACCUGUCUGAUUUACAAACAAAAAAUGUUUUAAUUGAAGUUACUCCGCCAUCCCGAAGUACUUCAAGGGACUACAUUCUAGGGAAAAACAGUGGUAGUCGUAUACCUGCUGAAUGCCUUCCCCUAUUAGAUCAACAAGCAAAAGAAUUAAACCAGAGUCCAGAUAUGGAAAGUACAACCAAAAAGAGAAGAGGAUCUGUUAUAACAGUGGUGACUGGAGACUUAGACCAAAGGGUGCUAAUUCAAGGUGACAAUGAUGCAACAACCUGUAGGGUUCAAAAGGAACCUCUAAAAGACUUUAAGUAUUCCAUGGUUCAUGGGGACUCAGUACUGACACCUGUAUCUGAUGUUGAAGAACCAGAUGGAGAAUAUAAAAUUCAUAGCUCCUUCGAGGACCAGACACCAUUGGCAUGUAAGAAUAUUUCUUCACAGACUUCUGAGACAUUUGAAGCUUUCCUAUUGAUGGAAAACCAAACCAAUGUACCGGAGGAUACAUAUGUAAAGGAAAUUGAUGGGAACCUGUGUCCCGAGCCUGAGGAAAGCAACAACACAUCACCAAGAAACAGUUCUGACAGUGCUAUCCCAGGGACUUCAUUUGAGUCAAUAACAUGUCAUAUUCCUUGCUUGCCAAAAUCUGAUUCUGAAGACAAUAAUGCCAAAACUGAAGAAAAAGCUGAUGAACCUUUAGAAAAAAAUGAAAUAUCUACUCUGAAAAUGAUCAAAAGAGAUUCAAAAUCAGACACGUUCAGCAAACACCUGAAGCUACCUAAGGAUUCAGUGAUAAAGGAAUCACGAAGCUGUGAAAGUCCUCAAGAAGAAGCUUCAGACCGCUGGGCUAAGAAAAGGAGGCAGUUUAAAGAGACCAGGAACUACAAUUCAGCUGGAGGCAGCUCAAUAACCAGCAACAUCACCGAGGAGUCUGGAAACUCAGAAGAAACACGUUCAGUAGAUCUAGCAUCACGAACUGACAGCAAGGACAAAGGAUUAUACACAGAAAGCUUUCAUUCAGCAUCAUGGAUAUUUAGAGGCGAUGACUGCAGUCCAGAUAAUAGCCCAAGAUGUCUCAGCAAAAGGUCACGAUCUGUAGCAAUUCGAGAACGUACGGUCAGAAUUACAAAAGGUACGGGAGACUACCCAUGGGGAUUCCGGAUCCAGUUUUCAAAACCCAUUCUGGUUACUGAAGUCGAUACAAAUGGAGCAGCUGAAGAAGCAGGACUUCAGGUGGGCGACAUAGUAAUGGCUGUUAAUGGAACUGAUGUCACCAGCAUUCCCCACUCAGAAGCUGCAUGCUUAGCAAGACAAGACAAAAGCUGCAGCUACAGAACUGUGCUGGCUGUGCUUACAAAAAGAGUUUCCCCCCUGUAUGGUCCAAAAAUAGGAAAUAUACAUCAAUUCUUUACUUUCGACAUUAAUCAUGGUCCAGAUGUGUUGACUCUGGUUGUUGGAUCAGACAUCAGCCGCUUCCCCAAUACCCCACGGCCAACGUGUCGUGGCUAUCUUCAUAAGCGUACACAUUCAGGAUUACUAAAAGGAUGGAGGAAAAGAUGGUUUGUCCUCAAACAUGAUGGAACUCUUCACUACUACAAGCAUAAAAAGGAUGAAGGAAAGUGUCGGCCACUUGAGGUGACAAAACUGGAAGGCUCUGAAAUUGGUGUGGAUACUACACUGGGGAAACCAUUUGUAUUUAGAUGUGUACCACAGUCUGGAAACCGCAUAUUCUAUUUCUGUGCAACGUCUAACCAAGAGAUGAAAAGGUGGCUGGAGGCAAUGGAUAAAGCCAUUCAUCCUCUAAAUCAGAACCAUAUGUGGGUGGAUGUGACCAUGCACAAUAUCAGUCUUCCUCCAUUAGCAAUCAAGAACCCAGAGUGCUUGGGUCUCCUUCACCAGCUGGACAGAAACAAGGAUGUCUGGGUCCAGCACUACUGCAUAUUAAAAGAUGGCUGCUUGUACUUCUAUGCAAGUAUUCGUUCAAACAGUGCUCUUGGUGGCAUCUACCUACAAGGAUACACUGUCUAUGAACAGACACACAACUCAAGACAUUGCAUAAUUGAGCUCAGACCCCCAUCUGAAGAAUUUAAAACGUUCUACCUGAGUGCAGGAAGUGCAGCUGAGAACAAGCGAUGGAUUACAGCUCUGAAGACAUCAAUAAAUAAAUGGUUACCCCUUCAUCAAGCUAUCCAGGAUUUUAUGAGCAGGCCUCUAGAGGAGACCAGGAUGUGAUCAUUCUAAGCUGCUAUAUAUGGUAACAGAUUCAUUGAAAUUCUAGCAACUCUAAAGCAUCAUCACAGAACAACAUCCGGAAUGUGAAUUUUUUUCUGUACCAACAACCUUUCAUCAAUAAAGCUCGGGAGGGACAUACAUAGCUGAGUCAACUGCAGUCAUCCCACUGGUAUGACAAUGUGAAUCCACAAGAGGAACCAGAGGAAUUCAGGACUGGAGGAGGAAUUCUCCUAUGCAUCAUAGACCAAAGUUUGUAUAUGUCUCAAAGCAUCUUUGAAAAGUGACCUUUAGUCCAAAUAAAACAUAGGACUUUUCAUGUUUUAGUAAAUUGCAUACACUAAGUCACAAAGAUCCCAGACGCCCAAGAUUGUUUGUUGCCAAGACAUGCCUUGCUUUUUGAGAAUUGCGACUUAGUGGGAACCAUGCUUUGUGUCUGCCCCUCUACCACUCACACAGUGGCUACAUACUAUUGUUUGUAUUUCUCUGCAUAUGUAUAGGACUGGAGUUUCUGCAAUAUUACGUUGUGGCUAUGUAAUAUGGCAAGUCUGUAUGCAAAUUGUGGUUAGCAAGAUUAUUUUUCAAAGGAAAUUCUGAAACAUGCACACAAAAAUACCACUAAUAAAUGCAUACCAUGUUUGUUUGGUGUAAAAUGCUUGAUGGGUUGA